GUCCACAGACGAGGCUGUCGUGUUGCCAACAGCCAUGGCACCCAUGGUCGCAGUGAAGAUUUUGCAGCCGAACAACGGAGCAGAGCCAGCAGGCUACUGGGGCAUGUCUUCGAGCAUCUACGCCAAGGAGUUGUUCCACAUCGAGGCAGACAAAGAGAGCCACGUCUCCGCUGUCAAGGGCAAGGUCGCUGCCGUCGCUGGCGUGUCCGGCAAGCUGCGGGUGAUCCUCUUCGGCAAGGAGUUGGAUGAUGAGCGCACGCUUGGAAGCUAUGGUCUGGGGAACAUCGAGGACAGCUUGGGUGUGAUGCGGAAAUGAUGCAAAACCAGAGCAGGAUAGAAUUAGGAUCCGCAUCAAUUAGAGCUGGUAUAUUACAU